GUCAUUCCCAGUACUCGCUCCCCGGUGCUGCAUCCUUCGCAAGUAGGAAAAGGCGGAAGAGGUCUGAGUCCUGUGCCAUUCAGCAGGGAAGCAUCUUCUCCGCUCAGCUGUCCGUACACAAUGAACUCAGUACCUGCCGCCUUGCCUUCUGUCGCCGCUUUUCCCGGGACCCCGAGCUUCUGGGACCCCUGAAGGUUCUCUACGCAGUCCUCGUAGGGAGGGACCCCGCUAUGGCAGGCGGGUGGCUGAGUGGUGAGCGGAGUGGCUGCACUGACUGAUGGCGACGGAGAAAUGGAGCGUGUCAGGCCUGGGCAGGCAGCACCGAGCUGUAUUGCUAAGCGAGCCGCUAGUUGCCACAUUGCCCAAUGAUGUUCAGCCUGGGCCUGAUUUUUAUGGACUGCCGUGGAAGCCUGUACUUCUCACUGUCUUCUUGGGAAUUGUUUCAUUUGCCAUUUUCUGGAGAACUAUUCUUGUUGUCAAAGAAACAGUAUAUCAAGAUCAAGGAAUCAAAGAAACAUGUCCAAGAAACCAAAAAACAAAAUAUGGUCCUCUCUGAAGAAGCAAUGAAAUAUAAGGAUAAAAUCAAGCUACUUGAAGAAACUAAUGAGAUUCUUGAGGACAGAGCUAAAAGUCUUCAUGUUAUGUUAGAAUCUGAGAGAGAACAGAAUGUCAACAAUGAGGACUUGAUAAUAGAAAAGAAGAACUCUGUAGAGAAGUUAAAGGAUGUUAUUUCAAUGAAUGCUUCAGAAUUUUCAGAGGUUCAAAUUGCUCUUAAUGAAGCUAAGCUUAGUGAAUACAAGGUGAAGUGUGAAUGCCAUUGGGUUCAGGAAGAAAAUGCUAGGCUUAAGAAGAAAGAGCAGUUGCAGCAUGAAAUCAAAGACUGGAGUAAAUCACAUGCUGAGCUCAGUGAGCAAAUAAAAUCAUUUGAGAAGUCCCAGAAAGAUAUAGAAGUAGCUCUUACUCACAAAGAUGAUAAUAUUAAUGCUUUCACUAAUUAUAUUACACAGUUGAAUGGGAUAGAGCUUGAAAUGGAACGUGAGGGUCAAAAUAAAGGAGGAGGUAAGUCAGAUGAACUAGCCAAUGAAGAAGUAGGAGGUGACCAGAGUGCGAAGGUGAAAAACCAAAUUAAGCAGCUGAUCGAUGUCUCUCGGACACACACUGCAAUAUCAGUAGUUGAGGAGGAUCUAAAACUUUUACAACUGAAGCUAAGAGCCUCGAUGUCUGCAAAGUGUAACCUAGAAGACCAAAUAAAGAGAUUAGAAGAUGACUGCAAUUCACUCCAGUCUGCUAAAGCUAGGCUGCAAGAUGAGUACAAAACUCUGAGUCAGAAAGUGGACAUUUUAAAUGAAUUGUACCAGCAGAAGGAGAUGGCUCUGCACAGGAAACUGAGUCGAGAAGAGUAUGAGAGACAAGAAAGAGCACAGCGGCUGUCAGCUGCAGAUGAAAAGGCAGUUUUGGCUGCACUGGAAGUUAAAACUUACAAGCGGAGAAUUGAAGAAAUGGAGGAAGAAUUACAGAAAGCAGAGCGCUCAUUUAAGAACCAUAUUGCCACUCAUGAGAAGAAAGCUCAUGAUAACUGGCUCAAAGCUUGUGCUGCAGAAAGAGCUAUAGCUGAAGAGAGAAGGGAAGCUGCUAAUUUGAGACACAAAUUAUUGGAAAUGACCCAAAAGAUGGCAAUGCAGCAAGAUGAACCUGUGAUUGUAAAACCAAUGGCAGGAAGAACAAAGACACAAAACCCUCCCCGGAGAGGUCCACUGAGCAAGAAUGGCUCUUUUGGCCCUUCCCCUGUGAGUGCUGGAGAACGUCCCCCUCCACUGAGAGCAGAGCCAGCUGGGAGACCUGUCUCUGCUACUCUGAAUGGAGGAGAUAUGGGUAGAAGUGAAUUUGGGUCAAUGGAUGGACCUUUUCCUUGUCCUCGAUGGUCUUCUGAAGCCUCUGGGAAAUGCUUUGCCUCUGGUAAGGGACCAAUUUCCAUGAACAGCAGCUCUUCUCCAGCCAAGGUGAUGGAUGAGAGCAAGGUUAAUAUGGCUACCAAAGGGCCCCCUCCUUUCCCAGGGGUAUCUCUCAUGGGCUCCCCUGUGAGAGGGCCCCUACCACCACCUAUUCGAUAUGGACCACCACCUUGGCCACUUCCUGGGCCACUUCCUCGGACACUUCAGCUUGGUGGUACUUUUGGACCUCUACCAUUUGGUCCUGGUGUGCAUCCACCACUAUGCUUAAGAGAAUAUGCACCAGGUGUUCCACCUGGAAAACAGGAUCUGCCUCUUGACCCUCGGGAAUUUUUACCAGGACCCACACCACUUAGACCUUUAGGUUCAUUUGGUACGAGAGAGUACUUCAUUCCUGGUACCCAACUACCACCCCCAACUCAUGGUCCCCAAGACUACUCACCAACACCUGCUGCAAGAGACUUAACACCUUCAGGCUCUAGAGAUGAGUCUUCAUCUGCCUCUCAGAGCAGUAGCCAGGACUGUUCACAGGCUUUAAAACAGCCUGUAACCAUGACCUCUGGCACUUAGUCAGAAUGUGGACUGUGCACUCUUCAUUGUGGAAAGGGAUUAUUGGCUUUGAAAUCCAAAAGUCUUAAGGGUUCAUCUUUAGAACUAAGCUGCCUUGGCAGUCUGCAUUUUUGAGCCAAAAAAUUCUAAACUAUCAUUCCCCUUUUAAAUAAUGAUCACCUCUUAAGUUAAUGUAGCCUUGCACUUCGAAGUGUGCAAUAAGGAAUACCUGUGUUUUAGUUAAUGUAGCAUAUAUAAUUGCUAAAUGAUUUAGAAUGUCAUAAAAUAUGAACAUUUCCUGUGGAAAUGCUUUAAGAACAUGUAUUUCCAUUAUCCUAUUUUGAGUGCAUUCCAGUUGAUAGAGAGCAAUGGGGUUCAUAAGCUUGAAGUUUCUGUCUUAAUAUCUGGUCACAGAUUGUUACGCUAAAAAUGUUUACUCAACAUAUUUCCUAAACUUAUUUCCC